AGGCAGGAAGACAGGACCAUGUCGAAGGGCCCCGGGCCCGGCGGCUCCGCAGCUUCCUCGGCGCCCCCGGCCGCUACCGCUCAGGUGCUGCAGGCACAGCCCGAGAAACCGCAGCACUACACGUACCUGAAGGAAUUCCGCACGGAGCAGUGCCCGCUCUUCGUGCAGCACAAAUGCACCCAGCAUCGGCCCUACACCUGCUUCCACUGGCACUUCGUGAAUCAGCGGCGCCGCCGGUCCAUCCGCCGCCGGGACGGCACCUUCAACUACAGCCCCGACGUCUACUGCACCAAGUACGACGAAGCGACGGGCCUCUGCCCAGAGGGCGACGAGUGCCCAUUCCUGCACAGGACCACAGGGGACACUGAGCGCAGGUACCACCUACGCUACUACAAAACCGGAAUCUGCAUCCACGAGACAGACUCCAAAGGCAACUGCACCAAAAACGGCCUGCACUGCGCUUUCGCCCACGGGCCCCAUGACCUCCGCUCCCCUGUCUACGACAUCAGGGAGCUCCAGGCCAUGGAGGCCUUGCAGAAUGGCCAGACCACAGUAGAGGGCAGCAUUGAGGGCCAGUCGGCUGGGGCUGCGAGCCAUGCCAUGAUAGAAAAGAUCCUCAGCGAGGAGCCGCGGUGGCAAGAGACCACUUAUGUGCUGGGGAACUACAAGACGGAGCCAUGCAAGAAGCCCCCGCGGCUGUGCCGCCAGGGCUAUGCCUGUCCCUACUACCACAACAGCAAGGACCGGCGGCGGAGUCCCCGGAAGCACAAAUACAGGUCGUCUCCCUGUCCGAACGUGAAACACGGGGACGAGUGGGGAGACCCUGGCAAGUGUGAGAACGGAGAUGCCUGCCAGUAUUGCCACACUCGCACGGAGCAGCAGUUCCACCCAGAGAUCUACAAAUCCACCAAAUGCAACGACAUGCAGCAGUCGGGUAGCUGUCCCCGUGGACCCUUCUGCGCCUUUGCCCACGUAGAACAGCCACCCCCGAGUGACGACCUGCAGCCUUCCUCAGCUGUGUCCAGCCCCACCCAGCCGGGUCCCGUCCUGUACAUGCCAUCCGCUGCCGGAGACUCGGUGCCUGUGAGCCCCUCCAGCCCGCACGCCCCUGACCUCAGCACCCUCCUCUGUAGAAACAGCAGCCUAGGCAGCCCAUCGAACCUCUGCGGCUCCCCCCCGGGCUCCGUCAGGAAGCCCCCCAACCUGGAGGGCAUUGUCUUUCCUGGGGAGUCCAGCCUUGCCCCUAGCAGCUACAAGAAGGCUCCCGGCUUUGAGAGGGAGGACCAGGUGGGAGCCGAGUACCUGAAAAAUUUCAAAUGCCAGGCCAAAUUAAAACCCCACUCCCUAGAGCCCAGGAGUCAAGAGCAGUCUCUGCUACAGCCCAAACAGGACAUGCUGGGCCUCCUCCCCGUGGGCAGCCCCCUGACCUCAAGCAUUUCUUCUAGUAUCACCUCCAGCCUGGCAGCUACUCCCCCUAGUCCCGCAGGCACCAGCAGCGUCCCUGGCAUGAACGCAAACGCGCUGCCCUUCUAUCCCACCAGUGACACGGUAGAGUCGGUGAUAGAGUCAGCCCUGGAUGACUUGGACCUGAACGAGUUUGGGGUGGCCGCCUUGGAGAAGACUUUCGAUAGCAGCACAGUGCCCCACCCCGGCAGCAUCACAAUCGGCGGCAGUUUGCUGCAGAGUUCUGCGCCUGUGAACAUCCCUGGCUCCCUGGGCAGCUCUGCCUCCUUCCACUCGGCGUCCCCAUCCCCUCCUGUCAGCCUCUCCUCACAUUUCCUGCAGCAGCCCCAGGGCCACCUGAGCCAGUCAGAAAAUACGUUUUUGGGGACCUCAGCAUCACACGGAUCUUUGGGUCUGAACGGGAUGAACAGCAGCAUCUGGGAGCACUUUGCCUCUGGCAGCUUCUCCCCGGGCACAUCCCCUGCCUUCCUGUCAGGGCCAGGGGCUGCUGAGCUGGCCCGGCUUCGGCAAGAGCUAGAGGAAGCCAACUGCACCAUCAAGCAGUGGGAGGAGUCCUGGAAGCAGGCCAAGCAGGCUUGUGAUGCCUGGAAGAAGGAGGCGGAGGAGGCCAGUGAGCGGGCCAGUGCAGCGGGCGCCGAGUGCGAGCUGGCCCGGGAGCAGCGGGACGCGCUGGAGGUGCAGGUGAAGAAACUGCAGGAGGAGCUAGAGCGGCUGCACGCGGGGCCUGACCCGCCAGCCCUGCCCACCUUCUCCGACCUGGAGGCCCUCUCGCUCUCCACCCUCUACUCCCUCCAGAAGCAGCUGCGGGCCCACCUGGAGCAAGUGGACAAGGCCGUGUUCCACAUGCAGUCGGUGAAAUGCCUUAAGUGUCAGGAGCAGACCCGGGCGGUGCUGCCGUGCCAACACGCUGUGCUGUGUGAGCUGUGUGCCGAGGGUGGCGAGUGCCCCGUCUGCCAGCCCGGCCGGGCCCACGCCCUGCAGUCGUGA